AGAGAGAGGUCUUGCCUCUUGUCUUGCUGAGGCUCUUUGAUUCAGUGGCAGUGGCUGAAACAACCCCGUUACCGGCUACCGUUAACCCGUGCAGCUCCAAGCUCCGUUCACACUCAACAGCUCAUGGUAAAUAUUUCUCUGGAGGACUUGGCGUCUUCAUCGCGUCUCUGCAGCCAGAAUCAAAGAGGACAUUCAGCCAAAGCAAACUUUUAUAGUAAAAACAGAUUCACACUGGAUGAGAGCAGAGUCAGAAGAUGCUUUGUGUGUCUGAUGAGCGCAAAACCUGCCAGUCAAAGUCCGUGAGUGAGCGCUUGGCACAUACAGGAGUACCUGCGAUGAAGAAAGCCGCAAGAAGCUCCGCGCGGUAAGAAGAGCGACACUCAGAGAGACAGAGAGAGAGAGAGAGGAGGCCAAGAACAAACACCAGCGCGUCCUCAAAUGAUGGGGAUAAAGCACCUUCUGCUUCUUUUGAUUUACUUAGACCCGCUGAAUGUCCUGUGCGCCGCCACCGCCAACAAGAAGAGCAAAACCCCGACGAGGACGCGCUCAAAGGUGAAGGAGGUCAACGGCAGCACCACCGCGGUCCCGCUGGCCGCGGCCGUCCCGGGGAAGAUCACCCAGGUCCAGGCUCCCACGGUCCAGCACGAUACCUGCCUGGGCUACUACGACGUGAGCGGGCAGUACGACAAAGAGUUCAGCUGCAACAACACCGACCACCGCUUCUGCUGCGGCAGCUGCUUCCUGCGCUUCUGCUGCGCGGACCGGGGGAAGCGGCUGGAGCAGAAGAGCUGCACCAACUACAACACACCGGACUGGAUCAAAACUCAGCCCCCCUCACCGGCGCCAACAGGUGACACGUACGACCCGGAGCUCGACCAGACCAACACCACGGUGUACAUUACCUGCGGGGUCAUAGCGCUCAUCAUUGCCAUUGGGAUUUCUGCGAAAGUUGCCUAUGAUAAAGCCACCAAGCCCCCUCAGGAAAUGAAUGUGCACAGAGCCCUGGCAGACAUUCUGAGGCAACAAGGACCAGUUCCAAUAUCUCAGUAUGAGCAUGAAAACAUUGCAGCAAUCGAUGGGUCACCCAAAGAUGAGACGCCGGUCAGAACCUCCAAGAAUCACUACACGCCUGUUCACGCCAAGGCAUCAAACCAUGGACACUAUGGGAAAGAGAACCUGCGCAGCGGAGGUCCAGACAUGCACAACUUCAUCUCCUCCGGGUUCGUGACGCUCGGACGCGGCCACUUGAAAGCGCAGCACUCCAUUGACGAGUCGGGGCAGAUGUCCUGGCAGGGUGAUCUGGACAUCCCCCUCUCCUACGGAAACCAUCACCAUGACUACCAGCACAGCCACCUGGACCUGACCGCGCUUACACCCAAACUGGCCCACAGACAAAUGAGAUACGAGAGACCCCAGCGGAUGAACAACAUCUUGACCUCGGCCACGGAGCCCUACGACCUGUCCCUGUCCAGAUCCUUCCAGAACCUCAGCCAUCUGCCGCCCUCCUACGAGCUGGCCCUCAAGUCUGACUUAAGUAAAUACUCCUCCUCUCUGCACAGAUUAAGUGACAAGGACAUAGACGAUUACUACACGAGGAAGCAUCAUCAUCCUGACUUCGGCGGUCGGGGGCCAACCCACAUGGUGAAGCUGAACCCAGAUCCUCAGCAGCACCAGCAGCGGCAGCGUCCCCGCCGAGUCCAGAGGGCCAUGUCCCAGGACCACGUCCUGUCUCCCCCGAGGACGCCACGUCGCGGGGACUAUGGCUUGUCCUCGUACGGCGUCAUGGCGGCCGCGGCAUACAGUAGCAGCCGCCACCUCUCGGAGGAGCAGCUGCUGUCGGCGGACCGCCUCCAGUCCCAGGAUCCCUUGCUGUCCCCGGCAAUGAGGCGCGACAAGUUCCGGGAGAAGGCGAUGGCGCGGGCCAUGUCUCACGCCGACAUGCUGAUGCCCGUCACGCCCGUCAUGGACCGCCACAAGAUGACCAAGAUGCACUCUCAACCCAGUGCCUCUAACGACUCCUACAACACGCUGACGGUCAACCACCAAGCGCCCACGUCGAAGAGGCAGGCGUUUGCCUCCCGACGAACACACACGGUGGACCACCUACAGUACAUUCCCGGCCACCACCACACAUACCGCACUGCCAGUAAGAACGAGGUAACUGUUUAACCGCGGGGUUCCCCAGACACACCACGGACGCCAUCUCCAAAAUCAGCAAGUCUCCUACGCAGAGGUCUUAUUAAAACAACCUCCUACAUUAAAACUCUUCCAGCUUUUUAGCACAAGCUUCCUGUUUCAUCUACGAGUCCGCCCCCGGCAAAGACUUCUCUCUCUUAGAGCAUCAUAAGGGCUUUGUGCUUCGACACAAAGAGGGAUCCUUCACGUCAGACGUUUGACCGCCUGAAGAAAAUAUUUUUUAAAACUGGACAUGGGACUGGAAAGGGAAUUGUACCAACUUUAUAAAUAUAUAAAUAUAUUAUAUUUACUAUUUGUAUUUUCAGUCCUUGUUAUAGCUUUAGAGAUUCUCAUUGACUGAUGUGAGCACUUUGAGUGGUGCCUCUGAAAAAUUGUCCCAUUUCAAACGAUGAAGUGGAUUUGUGGGUUAAAAAGCACAAUUAAUGAAUUCCCUUUUUUUCCUUCUUCUUUGGUAAAUGGCCAGGACAUAUCAGCUUGUUAGUGAAAGCAGAGGCUAUUUCUGUUGCAUACAAUAGAUGAUUGUAAAUAGGCUAUAUUAGCAGCAUUAAAAACAAGAAAAAGCUGGCCCUUUUUGACAUUAUUGUUUUCUUUUUCUCCCACCUGGAAUCUCAUCACGGAUUCCCAAUUAAUACUUUUUAAUUUUAGAUAAGGCAAAGAUCCCAAAUUAAUAUUAUUUCCACAGAUGUCUGCAAAAAUAUGUGGAUUUAAUAUGUAUAUGGGGAUAAUUUUUUUCUUUAACUGUGCUUGUAGCAUAGAGCGAUUGUGUAUGAAACAACCACGUCGACUGGCAGCUUCAGUCUGCAGACCCACAGGUGGAAACGGAGCCUGAUGGUUGUUUGAAUUAGCUUAAUUUCUGUUCACACAUGUCCUCUGCUCUGCCCACUCUGCUCGCUAUGUGAUUGGCCAGCUGCUUCCAUCUCUACAUAUCAGGUACUUGUCGUGUCGGAGCUGCGGAGCGUUUAGGUCGUAUUUUUGUGUCGAUGUGUUGACUGGAACAAUCAGAACUAUAGAGGACGUCAUAAUCGCUAAUCGUCAAUCAAGCAUUAAUUAAAACUGUGAACUG